AUGUUGAGGUGGAUGUGUGGUCACACUUUGAGGGAUAAAAUUAGGAACCAGAAGUUUAGAGAGAAACUAGGGUUUGCUCAUAGUUCUGCAAAGAUUCGCGAAAAUAGAUUAAAAUGGUUUGGACAUGUACAGAGAAACACUUUUGACGCUCCUGUGGGUAGAAUAGAAAGCAACAUAGUAGAGGGUAAGAGGGGUCGAGGAAGACCUAGAAGAAAUUGGGAGGAACAUAUAAAAAUUGACUUGCAUGAGUUACACCUCUCUAAGAACCUGACCAGAGAUAGGGGUAGUUGGAGGCGCCUUAUUCAUGUCUUAGACUUUUGA